UUCUGUAUUCCGACGGAUUUCUAUUUCGUUCGAAAGUGAUAUUUCGAUCGUUUUCGAAUUUACCAUUCCCUAUUCCAAUCGUUUUGCUCGUUUCGAACGAAAGUGUUAGAAAAUUUCGAAUAUGCAUCGAUCUGUCAAAAACCGAUAAACAAAAAGAAACACCGUAUUAAAUAGCGGCGAGUGCGAGUUGAAUUUCAGUUAAUUUUUGAUCCUAAGAGAAAUUUGUGAGAAAAUUUUCUCGUUCAAUGGAUUCCGUUUUGUUACCGAUUUUGGCGGAGCAAGAAGAAAUUGGAAUGCCUUGCUACCAUCGGCGAAACCACCGAAAAUCAACCGACUUCAUGAAACUUUCUGAUGAAGCAUUCAUCAAAAGUUUUCGUCUAAGUAAGGAAGCUUUUCGGUACGUUUUAGAGGAAAUUGAGAACUGCCUUACCACAAGGAAAGGUGGUCUAUCCACGGAGGUGAAACUCGCAGCAUGUUUGCGAUUCUUUGCUGAAGGAAAUUAUCAACAUGGAGCAGGGCAAGAUUAUCACAUUGCCAUAGCACAGCCCACAUUUUCCAAGGUGCUGACUGAAAUGCUUAACAUUCUGGAGCGGACACUGUGUAAGAAAUGGAUUUCCCUAAAUAUGACGGAAGACGAACAGCGGCGUGCUAAACUACACUUCUAUCAGAAAACAUCAAUUCCGGGUGUUAUUAUGUGUUUGGAUGGAACCCACGUAAAAAUUAUUCCACCUAAGCUGAAUCGAAAUUUGUUUUUUAAUCGGAAGGGAUUUUAUAGUCUCAACGUUCUGAUUGUUUGUGACGAUCAGCAAAGGAUUCGUUUCGUUGAUCCUACCUUCCAGGGAUCUAAUCAUGACUCUCAUAUAUGGCGUGUAAGCCCUGCAAGAACUCACUUUGAGCAGCUUCACCAAAAUGGUGAAGUUAAUACUAAGAUUCUAGGUGAUGCUGGUUAUCCAUCGGAACCUUGGUUAGUAACGCCAUUCAGAGCAGCGGAGGAAGGGAGUUUGGAGAGCGAUUUUAAUCGCAGGCAUGCCUUGGGUCGUGCUAUCGUCGAGCGGACAAUCGGUUUACUAAAAAAUCGGUUUAGAUGCAUCCUUGGCGCGAGACAACUUCACUACAAUCCUACUAAAUGCGCUCAAAUUAUAAAUGUAUGCUGUGCACUUCACAAUAUAUGCUUAGAAUUUGGUCGUUCUCAGUAGUUAUAAUAUGUUAUGCAGCUGUUUACAUAAUAAACUUUUGUUUAAAUUAAUAUUUAUGACUGUUAAAUUUCAUCUAACUUGUUUGCAAAUGCUCAAAUAAAUAACAACCACCGGAAAAGGAAGUGUCUUCCUUACUUAACUAUGGUUUCGGCAGAAUUAUUUACUCUUAUUCCUGCCAACACUUUGAGAACAUGUCAUUAUCGAUUUCUCGUAAGCAGGCCAAGUAUUCAAAUAACCAUUAUUAAUACUUUUUGCGUUGUUUUAACCCCUUGCUGUACGAUUUAAUUUCCAACAGCACGGCCCAAAACGAGCACUUCGAGUCGUUCCGCUACUCUGCUGAGUGUGGGUAUCUAACAUGGGUGCCCUAUGAUGAGCAAAUACAUGUUGUGUUUAAAAUAAAAACGAAGGAGUUAUUACUACGUACUAACUCGUUCGUUUUUAUUUUAAUUAUAAUAUUCAAAUUAUAUUUUAUAUUUUUAGCUCAUUCAAUUUUUUUUUAAAUAACGGAAAUUUUAUAAUCUUCAGUUGUCGGUAUCCUCAUCAUAUGCCUGAAGCUAUGUAAUUAUUUCACAUCGAGAAACAACGAGUGAAGUUCAAUGUUGUACGUGAAGGGGUUAAGGAAGUUCCAUAAACUAUAGGCGAAAUUCGUGAAUUUUAAAAAAGUUUAUAUAAUUUUGAUGCUAUUCCAAACAAACUUCAAAGAAAAAAUUAAGUAAGAUUUUUCUUCCAUGGAAAGAUAUAAAAAUACGAUUAGAACUUUUUUUCAUUUUUUUAUACUUGAGUUACAAUAUAAAGAUAAAAAAUCAGAUCACUGAUAUUUUGAAACAUUAUUCUAAUGUUCUGAAAUAUACGCAAUCUGCGUUUCAAGGAUUUGUCGCUAUUGAUUUCUCCAGCGCGAUCUUCUCCAUCUCGUGGUUAUGUCGUUUUUGUUCACUCAGAUGUUCUUUGAGUGUGGCAUCCACGGAAAGAAUCGCUCGAGCUGAUUGGCGCUGAUAAUGAACCAGAUCACUCAAAUUCUUGUUUGUGUUUUUUAACAGGGAUUUCACAUUGGUGUGAAAUUUGUUUUGUUGCUCGACUUGCAGCUCUAAUAGCCUCGUGGUAGAAGGUCUGGAUUUUUUCGGCUGAGAGGGCUGGAAGUGAAUGGUAUUAUUGAUACCGUCACACUCGUCGGAAGUACCAUAAUAUAUAAAAUUUUCCUGGUCUGCAGCUUGAGGUUCACCCGAAGGCGAACCCAACUGUGUUCCAUGAGAUGAGGUACCCGGGAUUCCUUCCACGGUCGCAAGUAACCCAGUUAGUAGAACUGCCUGCUCCUCCAGCUCGGACAAAUUGAUAAUUUUAUUGGGUCCUCCACCUGUCGCCCUCUGCUCCCGUUUGUUGUGAGCGAGUUUUCGCUUUAAUCCGGACUUAUAGUCCGCCCAAACCUACACAGAAAACCAGGGCAAAAAUAAGACUAUAAACAUAUGUUUCGGAUUCGUUUUAGUAUAUACCUUUUUCCAUCCACUUCCAUCGCGAAUAGGCGGUCCCAAACUAUUGACUUCUGCCGCCAGAUCAUCCCAGUAGGGUCCGGAAUUUCCUCGGGAGAAACCCUUUGCUAUGUCCGGCUCUUGCUCCAGAAGCAGCACAAUCCGCUCGAACUGAUUUUUAGUGGUUGUUUUGUUUUUGUUUUUUUCCCUGUUGAACGUUAAAAUUAAUUUAAAGAAAAAAAUGAUUAAAAAUUAGCUUACAUUUUUGCAGUUCACCGCUCAUCCGCUGCGGAAAUUAUUCACUCCUUCAUAAACAAAGUGGGUUUGACGUUUGGUUUGAUUCGAAUGAAAGAUGUUCGAAAACAAAACAGUCCGAACGAAAGGUAUUCGAAUUUGAAAACACCUCGAACGAAACA